AUGCUGAACUUUAUAACCACUCCAGAUUCAGAACCAACAGCUUCGAGCGAUUUUGACGAUGGAGUAACGGUGACGGAAUUAAUAUCUUCCGUCGAUUGGGCGUCCACUUCUCUGGGGCCUGCGAACAGCUGGCCUUUAUGGCUAAAGUCUGUUGUGGAUUUAUGUCUUCAUUCUGUACUUCCCACACAAUUGUAUAUUGGUCCCGAGAGGACGGUUAUACACAAUCAGAAGUGGAGGGAUACCUUUCAGUCAACAUAUCCUUCGCGUUUGGGAAGGUCUGCGUUUGAAACGCUCACCGAGGCGGACAACUCUAUCGAAGAACUGUUUCAAACAGCUUUUGCUGGAAAGGCCCAAUUCAAAAACGAUUAUCCUUUACACGUCAUGCGUUUUGGGUAUAUGGAAGAAGUGUACUUUACACUCUCAUUCAGUCCAAUAUUUACUGACACAGGGAGUAUAGGAGGAGUAAUCUGUAUUCUGGAAGAGACGACAAGAAAAGUGCUUUUGACCAGAAGACUGAAAACGAUAAAUGAUCUCACAUACGGAAUACAAGGGGCGAGAUCUGUAGAACAUGCUUGCCGAUUAAUCACCACAGUUCUCCAAGAUAAUGCGGAUAUACCAUUCGUCAUAAUUUACCUCAUUGAGAAACAAAUAACAGAUUCUGAGUACAAACCAAAAAGUUUGCGACUAGAAGCCACAACGUUCGAUCGUGAUCUAGUACCUGUCAAAGGCAUGGACGGGACGGAAGAAUAUAUGUAUUUUCCUGGACAAUCGAGCCGAGAUUUGCCGAAUUAUUUGUUUAAUACGCCUGAUUUGAUAGAUUUAACAGAAGAUAUAGACAAUACGACAGCGCACACUGUAUCUGAACACUGGCCGAUAAAACAUGCAAUAGCUACUAACCAGAACGUAGUUACCAAACUACGUGAUAACUCGACGGCUUUAUUAUGUCCGAUAACGUCAAUAGUCGAUGGGAAAAGUGUGUCGACUGCUGUGAUGAUAUGUGGCGUUAAUAAACGUCGAAUGCUCGAUAAAGAAUACGAGGAGUUUUUUCAGCUUGCCAUUGACAGAGUGAGCUCUUGCUUGACGCGGAGUCGGGUACGAGAAGCGGAACGAAAGCAAGCACAUAACUUGGCUGACUUGGAUAGGCAAAAAAUUUUAUUCUUUCAAGAUAUCAGUCACGAGUUACGAAGCCCUUUGAGUCUUAUGCUCUUGCCUUUGGGAGAGGCAAUAGAAUUAUGCCCAAAGGACUCUCAAACGCUGGGUUAUCUCAAAGUAGUUCAAAAUAAUAACCGAAGACUUCUCAAUUUAGUAAACACUUUGUUACAGUUCGCUCACACAGAAGCGGGUCGACAUCACGCAUGGUUUUGUGAGUCAGAUAUUGCAAGGCUGACAAUGGAGUUGGCCGCCAAUUACGAAAGCAUGACUAAAUUUCUCGGGCUUGAUUACAAACUCGGUAUCCCCAGCGAUGGGGAACUUGUCCGUCAGAUGAAACAGAAAAUUUUUUUAGAUCGGGAUAUGUACGAAAAGAUAUUCUUUAACCUAUGUUCAAACGCGUUUAACCAUACAAGGACUGGUGGGGUGACUGUGCGACUAUUUGCUGAAAAAAGGAGGGAGAGAGACGGUGUGGUACUCGAAGUAUCUGAUACAGGCGUUGGCAUACACAAAGAACAGCUUUCCAAAAUUUUCCAACGUUUCUACCGUGUCGAAUCACGACACUCACGCAGUAGUGAAGGCAUUGGGAUCGGUCUUGCCCUCGUCAAGGAGCUUGUCGCUCGACACGACGGUGAGAUUUCGGUCGAGUCUCAAGUGAAUGUAGGCACCACUUUUCGCGUAUGGAUUCCCGCUGGAUUUGAUCAUCUGCCUCGGAAGCAAGUUCGCUUCGAAAGUGAUCAACAAGAUUCUAGCUUUGCCCAAGAUUUGUACGCAGAGCUGUCCGGGUCGAGUCCAGGGUCAUGUGAAAAAGAUCCAAUAUCAGUCGAUGACAAUAAUUUGAAACGUGUGCGAUCAUCAUCAAAUGUGGACACGGAUUGCAUUGGCUUUGACAAUACGCGAAAAUAUGUUCUGCUUGUCGACGAUAAUGCGGAUAUGAGAAACUACUUGAUCACUUUGAUUAAGAAACAAUUCAACUGCAUAUGUGCUGCUAACGGCCAUGAUGCCCUUGAAAUCAUAAAACGUUCACCGCGAUCACCUGAUUUAGUCCUUAGCGACGUUAUGAUGCCCGGCAUGAAUGGCUACGAGUUGCUCACCGCACUACGUAGCGAUCCAACCACACAAACUAUUCCGGUGAUAUUAAUAUCAGCUUUAGCGGGAGAAGCUAGUGUUGAAGGAUUGGAAAAGGGUGCAGAUGAUUACAUAGUCAAACCGUUUGAUGCUCAUGAACUUAUGGCUCGUAUUCAUGUGAACAUCAAACUCUCAGACGUUCGUCGCCAACUGAUUGCUGAACAGCGGCGUCAAUUUGAGACUAACAAACUGUUAUUUACAAUAAGCAACAAAAUACGUUCGGGCUUUGGAAUACAAGAAACGCUUGAUACUGCCGUUCUAGAAGUAAAGAAGAUACUGUCAUGUGAUUGUUUGUUAAUAAUCCAAAACAAUGUUACAAAAGAGGGAACAAACUGCAAAGUGAUGGCAGCCUCAAUGCAUCCGCCAGAGGAGCUUGUUGGGCGUGUGAUUAAUCGUUUUGACAAUAACGAGACCGCGGUUGAUUAUAAAAUACAACCAAUGACGGAAUCAGCUAUCGACCCUCUGUCAACAACUUCCGGCAAUGCGUCUUUGGCCUCGGAUUCGCUGUCCGACGAAUUAAGUGAUUCCAGUGGCUUGAAUGUUAAAGUCUGUACAGACUUUGAAUCGCAGAUAUUGCAUCGACGUGUGUCCUAUAUUAGUUUAGCUAUUUAUUUGAAAUCUUCGCUGUGGGGAUGGAUACUUGCCUACCGAAAGCCACAUUGCAAAUGGACGGCGGAAGAAAAGACAUUUUUUCAACAGGUCUCAAAUCAGAUAGGUUUAGCAAUCUGUCACACCAUCCUCAUCGAAGAGAAAUUGAAGCGGGAGGCGCAAAUGGAGGCUGCUAAGGAGGCCAACAAAGCAAAGAAUCAAAUAUUAGCCAAUACAUCUCAUGAACUUCGCACUUCAGUGGGUGCAAUCGUCGGGGCUCUUUCCGCAUUCGAAGGAACCGAACUUACGUUUGAACAACGAGACAUGGUCGAAGUAAUGUCGCGUGCAUCUGACGUUGUCUUAUCCGUAGUGAAUGACAUUUUGGAUGCAGCCAGAUUAGAACAGCAAAAGCUUGCGUUGUUAAGCCGCAGCUUUGAUCUAUUGGAUCUCAUAGAAAAGACCGUGAUAAUGUUUGGCGAGCGUGCUGGCGCAAAGGAUAUAGAAUUUAUUGUUUCGUAUGAUCCAGAGACGUUUCCAAGAUAUGUAAAUACGGAUCCGGAGAGACUACAGCAAGUUAUGAUGAACUUUUUAUCUAACGCAAUCAAAUUCACGGAUUGUGGUGAAAUCGUAAUGAAGCUGUCAAUCAAAAAAGACGACGGUGCUGCUGCUGCUGAAGCAAGUAAUAAUAGCUAUUUAUAUGUAGAAGUAUCGGACACUGGCGUUGGCAUUGAUCCGGCAUCUAUCCCACAUAUUUGGGAGAGCUUUUCGCAAGGAGAUGCUUCAAUGACUCGUGGUCGAGAUGGCUCUGGCCUGGGUCUUUCUAUAUGCAGAAGCCUGAUUGAUUUAAACGGUGGUAAAUACGGUGUUGAUAGCGAAUUUGGCAAAGGAAGCACAUUCUGGUUUACUUGGAAUAUUGAUAAUUCGACCACGUCGUCGAUACCCACGACAUUGUUUCCUCAAGGUGGUUCAGGAUUUAAAGACUUUUUAUUAGCAAAGUCUAUGCGUGUGUUCAUUAUCGAUCCCUUGGAGAUUGCAAGAACAUCUUAUGCGGCGUUGAUACGGGGAAGUGUUAACAAAGUACAUACGUAUGCGGACUGUAAAAGUGCAAUUGAAUCGGCCAGAGAACUUAAAAGGUGCAACGAGCCUGCAUGUGAAUUGGUGUUUUUCAGUCUAAAAAAUGAUAAUGCUGCGACCGUUGAGGUUGCUGCUAAAGAACUGAGGAAUAUUUGCGGCGAACAUUUAUCAAUUGUGCUAAUGGUAUUUUCGUCGAUUGAUGGAUGCGCUCUUGCAAAGAGCGUGAUCGAGAGAAUCGGAGAAAACGUUGUUGCCAUUUGCAAGCCAAUAUUACAGAAGCGUGUAAUAGACUGUAUUUCUAAUUUUGACAAGUUUAUGACCAAACUCGAGGAGACGAGUGAUACGGAAAUUGAAAAUAAUAGUUUGUGGAUUUAUAGUAAGUUUUAUAACCACAAUCGGCCGACGAAGGAUACAGAGGGACUAGCCAUAAUUAGAGGUGUUAGGCAGUCCGUGAGCGACUCCAAGUCUGAAGGGGUUAGCGCCGGACUUGUCCCAAGGAAGCGAUCUGCUUCUGACAAUGAGGAAAGGGGAACGAGUAAAAUUGCAAAAGCGUCCAAAUGCGUUCUCUGCGUGGAUGAUAAUCACAUCACUCAAAAAAUUGUCAAAUCUCUGCUAGACAAAUUAGGGUAUCGUUAUUUGGGGGCGGUAGACGGAGAGGAAGCUAUUGAAAUAGUACGAGCGCAAUACAUGACGAGUGCAUCUCCUCGUUCUGAAGUGAAAAUUUCAUUGAUUUUAAUGGACUGUGCAAUGCCCGGUAUGUCGGGUUUCGAGACAACGAGAGCAAUCAGGUCCUUGGGCUCGGAGUUUCAAGACCUCCCAAUUAUUGCAUUGACUGCAUCUGCGCUAGAAGAGACUCGCGAACAGUGCUUGGAAGCAGGCAUGAAUGAUUAUCUAAGCAAGCCACUUUUGCCACAGAAUUUGAAUGAGAAACUGAUUAAGUGGUUGGGUGAGAAUUAG